ACAAUACUAUACAACCACAGCGUGGCAACAGAAAAACGGGAACAAAAUACACGCUCUUCCUUCCCUCCCUCAUCCUCAGUCAGUCAAACCAAUCGCCAACGCAGCCCACAAGGAAACGAAGGAAGACAAACGGACGGUCUCCUCGCCGCUCCCUCCUUUCACCUGCUCUUUCUCUCCUCUUCUUCCCCUUCCCAAAUUUCCGCUCUACCCGCAGCUUCUUUCCGUAGAUUCUCGCCAUCACACCCCACCAGAUUAUCAUUCCAACUUGCCUCUCUUCCGCCAUUGCUGCUCCCUCGGAAGUUCCGCGCCUUCUUGUGUUUGAAGCGUCAUUACCUCCGUCUCUCGUUGUAGAUUCAAUCUGACUCGCUUUGACUCUCGGCGGCUGAAUGAUCAUCAGCAGCAGCAGCAUUUCACGGGGAGAUUUUUGAUUGCCUUAAUCUUUAAUUGCUGAGCAGAGGAGUGGAAAGUGAAGAAGCAGAAGAAGAAGAAGAAGGGAGUACUGUAGAUGGUGACGAAGGAGAAAGACGAAGAGCUGGCUCUGUUCUUGGAGCUCAGGAGACGCGAGAAGGAGAAGGAGAGAAGCAAUCUCGUCGCAGGCUUUCCUGUAACAAUGGAUGCUCCUCUAGGGAUCAAAGGCGGAAUUCCUCCAUUAACUCAGACGGGGCCGCAGCGCAGAACUGCGGCGGAGAAAUUUCUGGACUCCGAGAAUGACAAAUCUGAUUAUGAUUGGCUUAUAACACCACCUGGAACCCCACUUGUCCCAUCUACGACGGAGAUGGAUACCCAGAAAACUGCUCGACCCACUGCUCUGAAGUCGAGGGUGAGAACUCUCUAGUCUCUACUUGAUCGAGUUCUGUUCGUCUCUCUUUUGCUUUAUGUUGACAUCAUCCUGUUUUACUUUCCAGCUGACUAAUAUUCAGGAAGUGCCACCUCCCAGGACUAGUGGACCAGCUAAACCCAUCGUUACAGCUGGUAGUAAUAGGAGAUCUUCGUCCACCGGAGCAUCAAAACCGACUUCUAGACCUUCAACACCAACAUCACGACCCACUUUACCUUCAUCUAGGCCGGCUGCACCGCGAUCUUCGACUCCUACACCACGCCCCACACUGUCCUCGUCAACAAAACCGGCUGCAGCACCUUCAGGGGCAAGAUCAUCCACGCCCACAAAAACCACCUCACGAUCAUCAACACCCACUGCUAGCAGACACUCUUUACCAUCUUCAAGGACGGCGUCGAGAUCCUCAACUCCAUCCAGGCCCCGCUCAUCGACUCCAUCGUCGAGAUCCUCUUCCGUGACAAGAUCAGCUGCUUCCCUAGCACCAUCCAAGAAUCCAGCUCCUCCAUCAUCACGUGGGAGCUCUCCAACGGUGAAGCCGAGGCCUUGGAAACCUAAUGAGAUGCCCGGUUUCUCCCACGAUGCUCCACCAAACUUGAAGACUUCGCUGCCAGAAAGGCCAGCUUCGGCUACCAGGGGCAGGCCUGGUGGUCGAUCAUCUUCCACAGCUGCAGCUGCUGUUGCGAAUGGAAGACCAAGGCAGCAGUCGUGCUCACCUGCUAGAGUGAGAACUUCAACACAUGGGAGUGGCCCGGUUGGCAGUAAGCUUCCUGUUUCCAUCAAGAGCAGCAGAUCAAGUCAGAUGUAUGAUGGUGGCGAAGAUUUGAAUCCGGGGCUGAUGGGAACCCAAAUGGUUGAAAGAGUGGUCAACAUGAGAAAGCUGGCGCCACCCAAGCAUGAUGAUUAUCGCUCUUCCCAAAGCAAUUCUGCUGGGAACUUGGGCAGAUCGCUGUCAAAGAAGUCUCUUGACAUGGCUUUGAGGCAUAUGGAUAUCAGAAGAAGCAUUACAGGCAAGCUACGGCCACUGAUGACCAACAUACCUGCAUCGUCAAUGUACAGUGUGAGAUCAGCAGGUGGAUCCACAAGAAGCAGGACAACAGUUAGCGCGUCGGAAUCCCCCCAUGCAACGAGCAGCAAUGCUAGUAGCUCUGAGCCGAGUGUUAGCAAUGCUUUCUUCGCAGAUGGGUUGGAAGCUGAAGAAAAUGAGUUCUUCACGAGCGAGAAAGGGAAUUCGUCUCCCACUAGUCAGGUUAGUAGCUGUAGGUGAUAAUCAGAGAGUUCAGAGAGGUUAAGAUGGCCUUUGAAGUUUCAAAAUACCCGCUCAAUGAUGGAAUGAUGCCAUUUCAUUUGGGCUUGAAUUUUUGGAAUUGGGAGGCCUCGGUAUUAUCUAGUGGAACUUUUCUGGUAAUUAAGUUUAUGGGUGUACUAGACUGUUUAAAUGGGACUGUAGAGCCUGAAGAGCUCCUUCGGACUUUCGUGGCCAAAAUUAUCAUUGUAUCAAUCAUGAUUUCGUCAAUUCUAUGUCCACUUUUCGUCUUUUCCAUGAAAA